AUGAGUAAUCCCACCUCGAACUCGCAAACCCCGCCGAUCGCCGCUUCCUCGUCUACGACCGCGAACAACUCCUCUACAGGAUCGUCCGCCACCGUGGCCGCCGGUUCGGCUCAACCCACUGCCCGCAGCUCUUACGCCAACGCGACCAAACCCACGAUCGUGUCUAGCGCAGCGCCGCCCGUGGCAGUGGGAGGACCGCAGAAUGCGCAGCAUGGCAAGAGCUCGUCUGUAUCCCCGGUGAAUGGCAACGGCGCUAUCAAGCCCGCUAUUCCCGCUAUGCCCACCAUUGUGAGUGGCGGCCCCAACGGCAGUGCCCACGAGCGCAAGUCCUCUGUCCAGAUCAAGCAGACCCCGCCUCUUGCGACUGCAGGUGGCCCGCCCUCUGGCAUCAAGUUUGGUUCGCUCGCCGGUUCACCAGCGCCUGCCCACGCCUCGCCUGUAGUCCAGGGAAACCUGAACCCGGCGCAGGUGCAGAACCCGCGUGUUGCCUCACCAGCUCAUUCACCCUCACCCAUUCCUACGCCCAUCUCUGGAGGCCCCAAGCCUGACGGAUUGCCCACUCGCCCAAACUUGGUCUUCGGCGGCCAGGGCGGUGAAAGCACCGAGUCUAACGCACGCCCCGCUAUGCCCCCUCAACCCAACUCGCACUCGCUGCCCCAAGCUCAGCACUUGCGUCGCGAGUCUUCUCAGUCAGCGCACAGCGAUAUGAGCAACGCAAACAUGGGUCGCGGCGGAUUUGCCGGCCGAGGACGUGGCAAUGGAUACCCCCAGGGCCACUACAACCCACAGAUGGCAAACUACUCGCCACAGCCACACCGCUCCAUGCCUCAGAUGGCUGGUCGUGCCGCUCCAUUCCAGCCUCCCGGCCAAAUGCCACAGCGUUCUCCAUACACUCAGAACCGUAGCCCCGCUAUCACGCCAGCUACGAUGCAUCAGCAGCAGCACCUUGCUAAUCCUGGUAUGCCAUUUUACCCUGGACAGCAGUAUCCUCAACAGGCCAUGUAUGGCGGCAUGCCUCAACCAGGCCUAGACCCGUACAACAACUUCUAUCCUCAGGGCUACGGACUACAGCAGUCGAUCCACUACCCAGGUGUCCCCGCUAGCCCUGGUCGUGGUUAUCCUCCUCAGAUGCAGUCUCCCUAUGGAGUUGCUCCUUAUGGUCAUCAGCCACAGGCUCAGAGCAUGUCGCGCACUCCUUCUAACAUGUCGGAGCGCCCGUCAUCUGCUGUUCCUCAGCCUUCCACACCCGCCAUGACCAACGUCAACCACAUCUCUCACACGCACACUCCUAGCAUGACGUCGGCAAGCCCAGCGCCCAGCGCCAACUUCGAGCGCCCGAAGAGGGCGAGCAAGGCCAUCACAAUCAAGACUGUUGAUGGUGAGAUUCUCGACUUCAAGCCCAAGGGUGCAUCCCCUGCCCCGCAGUCCGUCGCAUCUGCCGUGCCUGCGGCCCCUCGGUCUCCCGCUAUUGCUGCUACGCCAACUCCGCCGCGCGCACCAAGUGCCGCCAACGACUCCACCAAGGCUGAUGGCGAAUCCAAGAAGGCUGAGUUCGUCAAGCAGUUCCAAGAGAAACUUCGCCUCCAAGAAGAAGCCGAGAAGAAGGCUAAGGAAGCUACUGCGGAAGAGGCCAAGGCCGAAGCCAACGCUAAGCUUGCUGCUAAGGAAGAGGCGGAGGCCAAAGCUGCCCUUGAAGCCAAGGAGAAGGAGGACGCUGAAGCCGCCAAGAAGGCUGAGACGGACGCGGCCGAAAAGAAGCGACUUGAAGACGAAGAGAUGGAGCGCAUGAUCGCUGAGAUGGAAGAAGAAGAGAAGAAGCGCGAAGAAGAUGAGAAGCGCUACGCCGAGGAGAAGAAGAAGAAGGCCGAGGCUGAGAAGGCCAACGCUGCCGAGAAGGUUAAGCAGGAGGAGGAGCGUCUGCGCAAGCUUGAGCGUGAAGCCGAAGAGGCGGAGGCAGCUCGCGCAGCAGAGACUCCCGAGCAAAAGGCCGAACGCGAGGCCAAGGACAAGGCUCUCUUCGCAGGCCUGAAGAAGAACACUAUGUUCGGUCCUGGUGCCUCUGCGACUGAGGAGGAGGCUGCCCCAGUUGAGGCAACAGCUCCUAUCGUUGCACCUGCACCAUCAAAGACUCCCACUGGCACCAAGCCCAAGCCAGCUGCUCUUAAGCUCGAGACGAACAAGUCUGUUGAGCCCGCACAGCCAACUGCUGGUAUGCAGGCGCUCAAGACUGCGCGUUUCCUCGAGGUUCGUGCUGAAGUUCAGUAUCCUCAGGGCGUAGCCAGCCCCAACCCGGCUCUGAACAACACCAGCCGGAGCAAGGGCCGUGUGUACGACAAGGACUUCCUCUUGCAGUUCCAAGAUGUCUUCAAGGAGAAACCUUCAGUUGACUGGGACAUGAAGCUCAAGGAGACUGUCGGCGACGAGCCUCAAUCGGCUCGCGGCCCCCCAUCCGCCCGUGUCGGUUCUAUGGGCCCCCGUCAGGGAUCUCGUGGAGGCGCUGGCGGCGGCGGAAUGGGCAAUUUCGGAGCACCUGGUUCAUUCGCGCCAGGAGGUCGCACACUCCCGCCAGGUACGACAUCCGAACAGCGUUUCCAACAAGCCCAAGGUGGACGUGGCUCUAUGACGAAUCCUCUUGCUCAUGUCGUUCUAGGUGGAGGUCGUGGUUCUUUCCCAAUGGGCGGCGCUCCCACCACGGGACGUACCAACUCCUACCAGAGCAUGUCUCACCGUGGACCCGAUUCUCCUCGUGUUGGCAGCUCUCGUGGUAAGGGCAGCAGUCGUCGCGGUGGCAACAACAACAACGCCCAGGACGCGAAGCAAAUGCCAUUGACCGCCGGUCAAGAAGUCCAGGCACUCAAACGUUCGCAGACUGGUUGGGUACCUACGUCGCUGACUCAGCCCGCUGCUGUCCAGGCUCAGAUGAGCGCGGGCCACUUGGCUCCCGAUAUGGUACAACGUAAGGUCAAGGCCGCUCUCAACAAGAUGACGCCCGACAAGUUCGACAAGAUCUCAGAUCAAAUUCUUGAGAUCGCUGGGCAAUCUAAAGAUGAGACCGAUGGACGUACCCUUCGCCAGGUCAUUCAGCUCACCUUCGAGAAGGCCUGUGACGAGAGCCAUUGGUCUUCCAUGUACGCCAAGUUCUGUAGCCGCAUGUUGCAGACCAUGAGCACUGAGAUUAAGGAUGAGAACGUCCGCGACAAGCACGGUCAGCCAGUCGUUGGUGGUGCCCUCUUCCGUAAAUACCUCCUCAACCGUUGCCAGGAAGAGUUCGAGCGUGGUUGGGAGGUCAACCUACCCGAGGCGCCAGAAGGUGAAAAGGAGGCAAAGCUUCUCUCGGACGAGUAUUACGUUGCCGCUGCCGCCAAGCGAAAGGGUCUCGGUCUUAUCCAGUUCAUCGGAGAGCUGUACAAGCUGGGCAUGUUGACCCUACGUAUCAUGCACGAGUGUGUGCUCAAGCUUCUCGACUUCGAGGGUCUUCCCGAUGAGGCCGCUAUUGAGAGUUUGGUCAAGCUACUCCGCACUGUCGGUGCGACAAUGGAAUCGGCUGAGGCUGGUCCCAAGAUGAUCAACAUGUACUUCGAGCGCAUCGAGAAGGUCAUGAACAUGGAGGGUCUUCCGUCGCGUAUGCACUUCAUGUUGCUCGACACUGUCGACAUGCGCAAGUCCGGCUGGAAGUCCAAGGACAUCCUCAAGGGUCCCAAGACUAUCGCCGAGAUUCACCAAGAAGCCAUGGCAGCUCAACAGGCCGCCGAGAUGGAGCGAACACGAUCGAACCAGCGCGGUGGUGGUGGUGGCCGUCUUCCCAUGGGUCGCGGUGACGCUCGCUCGUUCUCAGGUGGUGGUAUGCAACCUCCUCCAGACACUGGUAGCCGUGUACAGAUGGACGACCUCCGCAAGCUCUCCAAGGGUGCUUCUGGACGCAACCUCAACAACCAAUCUCUUGGCCCGUCCAUGCUUGGUAGCCGUAGUGGUAGUGGCCGUCGCGGUCUCGGUCCCGGCAUGAUGGGUGGUCGUGAAGACUCCAACGCCUCCUCGCGCACCGGCACACCACCGGUAAAGAAGCAGGAAACUGCUCAUGCGAACGCUUUCGAUGCACUAGCAGCUCUUAGCAACGAAGACGCCGGCGAGGCUGGCUCUACAUCCAACGCUGCAGAUGAAUCUGCAGCUGACACGGAGGCCAAGCCUUCCGAGUGA